GUGAGGGGAGGGAGGGAGAAAAGAGAGCGAGCCAGCCGCCUUCAAACAUGGCGUCUUCAUAGGAAAAUAACAAAAAACAUAAAAAAGAGGCCUACUUCUACCGUCUUCAUUGAUUUUCGGAAUUUAGAUUAUGGUUUCCAGACCUCGCGAUAUCGUCGUUAUCACUAUUUUCUAAUGUAAAAAGAGAAGGAAGCGUAGUAGGCUUUAUAAAUAGUAAAUCCGUUUUAUUUUGAUGCGUCGACAGGGCUAGCUAGCAUCUGCUAAUGUAGCCCACAACAAUUUUAGGGUGGGAAGGUAUUUUGCAUGCUAAAGAAAAUCACGAUAAUAUGAUAUCUUAUCGUUUGAUACAUUUUGCAACAAUCGUGAGAUAUCGAUGGUAGUUUUAUAAAUCUCGGAAUUUGUUCAGUAGAUAAAAUAAAGGGGAUGAGAUACGGCAGGAAAGGACGCGUUUGAUCAAAUGUUUCUGUGCAACUUAUCGAUGAUUGACAAAUACAAAAGUGUUAUCAUGAUCAUGCAUAACUUCGUUGCAAAUUGGCAAUUGUGGAAAUGAUAUUUGGAGAAAGUGUAGGAAAGGACAGACUGAUUUGAGGUGGUUAGAGUACACCCCCAGACCCCCCUUUUUUUCAUCCAGAUUUCUUCUCCCCUUCAUUUCUCUUUCAAUAUGCUGUUUUCCAUGGCCAAGGACUUGUUUAUGACAAGGGGGGAAUAGUCUAAAAUCGAUCACGGGGAAGACGGUUACCCCACUUCUGUCAUAAUUGCGUUCGUCCUUGUCACACACCUCGUAAAUUCAAAAUGGAUAGAAAUUACCCGGGAACAGGGUUCGGUGAUUUGGGCGCAGGAUGGAGUUACGAAAGAUCCGCGAAAGCAAGUCUCGUCUAUGGGAGCUCCAGAUCAUCACACCCUGAGUCAGAGCUUCUCCAUCGACAAGCCUACGGCACUCCUCACCCUCUGCAGGGCUAUGCCACCAAUCACCACCCGGGCAGCUCUGGCCAAGGAGGUGCUUGGGGAGCAGGACGGAGUUUGGGUCUCUCUGGACUAUUUGACACAGGUCUGCACCACGCCAGCCCCUCUGGGCCAGACGCCUCAGUCAUGAAUCUGAUCUCUGCUCUUGAGUCCCAGCGGGGUCCCCAGCCUCAACCCUCCGCCUCCUCCCUGCUUUCCCAGUUCCGCACGCCGUCCUGGCAGACAGCGAUGCACACCCCUGCCCCUGCCGAGCUCUUCAUCUCCGGCUCGGGCUCCUUCCCCUCUUCCUCUGCCCUCUCGGCCUAUCAGCACCCGGCCUCCUUCUCCAGCCGCUCCUUCCCCACCCUUCAGGACACUCCCACGUUCAGCCCUACCUCCAACGGACUCCUCUCCCCCCACGACCCUCUGCUGCACAUCAAGGGUCCCUCCCAGUCCAGCCUGGGCUUCGACCGCCUCCUGUCCUCUCAGGGCGCCGCCGCAGCCUACCGGGGUGCCCAGGACUCCACAGGCGCCGCCUCCUCGGCCCAGGCCUCAUCGGCACUACACAUCCAGUCCCACCAGUUCAACCUGCUGUCCUCCCAGCUGCAGGACCAGUCCUCCCAGUUGUACAACGCCUCAGUGUUCUCCUCAGCCCAAGCUCAGGCUCAGGCCCAAUCUAACUCGGUUCAGGAGAGGGCUGUGCCCCGGCAGGACAGCGUAAUCAAGCACUACCAGCGUCCCACGCCGUCCCAGUCACAGCUCUCCUCCUCGGCAGCCCACUCCCUGCAGCAGUACCUCAGCUGCGGAGGAGCCGGGUACCAGCAGAUAGCCCACCCCCGGCAUGCCGGCCUCUCCUGCAGCCCCCUAGGUGACCAGAGUCCCUCCUCGGACCACAAGGCCUCUUCCCGGACAGAACAGGUUUAUCGGCCCAUCAUCCAGCCCCCUUACUCGUCCUCCACCUCUUCAGCAGUGGGGAAGGGCGCCAAGAGCAACUCUAGCAGCGGCUACUCCUCGGCCAGCUCGGUGUCCUCCUCCCGCACCCCUCACACGCCCCCUUCUGCGUCCUCCACUUCUUCGACCUCCUCUUCUUCUUCCUCAUCUGCCUCGGGAGCCCACCCCUCCAACUCCAUCCCCCCCUCCAGCUCUAGCUCGGGCCCCCCUAGACAGCAGCCUCCCACCCAGAGUGCUCCCCCAGCUCCCCAGCAGCAACAGCCCCCUCCAACCUCAUCCACGUCUGCCCAGCAGCCCUUACCCAAGCACAGGCUCUCGAGCUACAGCUCACCCGCAUCCCUUGUGAAAACCCCCACCACUGCCCUCGCAGGCCAAACCCCGCCGCAACCGCAGACCCAGUCAUACUCACCCAGUCAGCCCCCUCUCUCCCACCUCCCCCAGUCCUAUGGCGGCUUCAGCUCCCCUCAGGCCCAAGACCUGAGCUCAGCCGGGGUAAGAAAAGGCUAUGGGAGCCUGGGAGGGCAAAGCCAGUCGUAUUCGGCGGAUGUGGUAUACGGGACUGACUCUGCUUAUGGGUCCCUCCCCUCCUCUCUAGGCGGAGAGGGAAGUCCGUCAAUAGGUUACGGCCCAGGCCACUCCCCUGCCCUUUUACGGUCGGGUGGGCCGUCUGGGGGUGGAACCUCAGGAGGCGGUGGUAGUAGCAGCUCAGGAGGUGGGACUUCUGGCUCAGGAGGAGGAGGAGCCACGAGCAGUAUGGCAAAUGAGAGAGGAGGUGGCGGAGGAGGGUCUUACCAUAUCCCUGAGUCGAUCCCCUCCCCGUCGGCCAACUCUGGGAUCAACCGUCCAGGGUUGCACUCCCCCGCCCCUGCCUGCCCCACCAAGACCCCAGGAGGAACGGGCUCUAACAAAUAUAUCUCCUCUGUCCUUUCCCCCACCUUCAUGUCCUCCCCUCAGGGCUACCCUGACACCAGAGGCCCUCGGCCCCAGUCCUACCACCCCAACUCCAACAAGACCAAAUCUGACCCCAGCAGCAUGCUAGGUGUGGGCUCUCAGAGGUCUCAAGAGGAUGUGGAUGACGACUUCUUGAUCCAGCACCUUUUCCAAGCCCAGGCCAGUCCAGUGCCCCAGGCGUCCCACCACCACUCCCAGCAGCAACAAUCUCAACAGACGGCCCAACAGCAGGCACCUCCCCAGCCCGUCUCCUCUACCACAGAUGGCGGCAAAGGGCUGUCGUCCUAUGAGCUGGGAAAGAGCUCUGAGGAGAGGUGCCACCUCCAGAGCGUUAUCCGCACUCACAGCGCCAUCUCCAGCACCGAAUCAGGCGGGGGGGUUACUGGCCUAGACAGACAGCUGGAGAUGUCUCUCAAGAAACAGCAGCAACAACAACAGAGGAAUGACAGACGAGGCGGUGGCAGGAUUGGAGGAAGAGGAAGUGCUGAGCAAAGCCACCCCCUCCUCCACCACUCUCUGGGAUCAGUGGUGCACUAUGGCCGGGGCGACCCAUACUCCCAGCACUCCCUGGGCCCCCAACACUCCUCCCACCCGCAGCAACAGCACACCGCCUCCCAUGCCCACCUUCAAUCCCUCGCUCACAUGGACCCGCAAAAGAAGCCACAAGAGCGCUCGGAGCUGGUGUACCCACGCAAGACCCCCGAGGUCCAGCAGCAACAGCACUCUCAGUCUCAAGCCUCAGCCUCCCUCAUGGAUUCCCCCACACACCAGUCCCGCCAAACGCCCCACCUGCUCCAGUCUGUGCUGUCCCACACCACCCGCAACAAAAUGGAGCCCCAUCAACAGCAGCAGCAUUCGGUGAGCCAACAACAAGCUAUGAUGGAUGGAGCCGGAGGGCGAAUGGGCCCAAAUAAACACCAGACUCCGACCCAGCAGGCUUCCCAGCUUCAGCUACAACUCCAGUCCCAGGCUUUGGAGGCCGCAGUGGCGGCCACUCACUACAGCCACGGACCUCCUCAACAGGACCAGAGCCAGUCCAAGCAACAACAGCAGAGCUCGGUGGUGUCCUCCCUGGACAUGCUGGAGUGCUCGCUCUCCCAGACCUCCAGUACGGAUGGAGGGGGAGUGGAGGAGAGGAGAGGAGGUGGUGGUGGAGGGAGCGGAGAGUGCCGCAUGCAACAAGAGCAGCAAAGGCUCGCGUCCCACCACCCUCAACAUUCAGAAGUCCACUCAUUACUCUCUGAGCCCGACAUGGGCUUAUCCGCCUCCUCGCAAGUGCACCACCUCCCCCAGCACCAUCAACAACAGCAACACCCCAACUCACACCACCAGCAAAGCCACUCAGGGCACCACUCCCAAGGCCAUGCUCACCCCCUGUCCAACCACUUGCCCCCUCCCUCAGCUUCCACCCACUCACAGCAACAGAAGUCCCAGUCCCACCCUUCCCAGCUCACCCUGGGCCAGCAGGUCCAAUUGGACCAGCAACAGCGCUCUGAGCAGCACCCGUUUGACACGGUCAGCCCCGUGGAGAAAAGCGGCGGCCAGAGCCAGAAUCACUUCGUCCCGCUCACCUCCAUCUGCUUCCCGGACUCGCUCCUGCAAGACGAGGACCGCUCCUUCUUCCCCGGCAUGGAGGACAUGUUCUGCUCGGACGACUACUCCAAGUCGAGCUGCGCCGGAGAAAGCGCAGGCCCAAUGCAGGGGGAGAUGAACAAAGAGGGACCAGGAGAUGGCCAUGAGGAGGCCAUGAAGGCUAAUUCAGGUAGAGGAAGUGGAGGGGGAAGCGGAAGAGCCAGCUAUGACAUGCAUGGCCACCACGGCGGCGACCAGGGCUACGUGCAGUACUGCCACGGUCUCUCCGAGUCAGGCAGCAGCACCAUGGACCUGGAAUCCCUCAAGACCCAUGAGCUGCCCUCCACCGUCAAUACGGAGCAGCUGGGCCUGAUCCAGUUGCAAGGCCCCGGAGGCAUGGGCGUCACUGGCCCGGGGAAAUUGUCCUCGAGUCCAGGCGGGUGCGCUGGCGGUACUGGUGUCAGUUCUGGAGGCCUCACCUCACCCAUCUUCUGCUCAUCGCGCCCCAAGAAGCUACUCAAGUCAAGCUCGUUCCAUCUGCUCAAGGAGCGCCGGGACCCCAACACGCUGCCCAAGAAGAGCUACGCGCAGGAGUACGAGUUCGAGGAUGACGAGGACAAGGACAACCAGCCGGCAGACAUCCGCCUGAACAGCCGCCGGCUCCCCGACCUCCUCCCCGACCUGGUCUCCAGUUGCCGUAAGACAGGAGGUGGGGCUGGAGGAGGAGGCACGCUCAGCCCCCUCAUGGGAGACCUUAACUUCUACCACUCGACAGGUUAUCCCCCCCUCGGCCCCCCUCCCCAGCUCAUGUCGCAGGACGUGGUCAAGAAAAGGGGACGUAAGCCCACCAAGCAAAAGAGAGAGGGGCCUCCCAGGCCCAGGGGUAGGCCUCGCAUUCGCCCGCAGCCAGAGCAGCACACGCCCUGUGGAAUGUUGACCGGUGAGAUGGGAGGAGGAACCGGAUUAGGAGGGGGGAAUGGAGGAGGAAUGGAUGGUAAACUGGGCAGGGACCGUGGUAGUGGAUGCCGGGUGAGGAGAAAUGACAUGUUUAUGGAGAUGACUAGGAAGGACCAGACGCAGCAACACCACCUUCAGCAACAACAGCAUCAGCUCCACCACCAGGCUCCACAGCAUCAGGAGCCCAUACCACCUCUCAAGAUCAAACUGCCCAUCGGCUCCAUGUCCUCUUCCGACGACCUGCUGAGGAUAGACUCUCUGUCUGGUACAGACCCCGCUCUGUCGGACGGCUCGGUGGGCUCGGCUCCCUCCCUUGGCCUGAGUCCCGGACCCCCGUGCGGAGGGACAGACUCCAACAGGACCCAGAACAAGAGCAAGCAGAACAGCCAGAUGCUGAGUGAUGGAGUGGAUGGAGAGGGGAUGGAUGGAAGGGUGGAUGAGAAGGAUUCGGAAUCCAAGGCGGGCUUCAUGGCCUCCUUCAUGGACUUCCUCAAGUCGGGAAAGAGACCUCAGGGCUUGGAAAUGCCUGUGGGAAUGGAAUCAGGACAUGGUGACGCUUCACCGCUCAAAUGUGGAGGGCUCUGUCCCUUGUCCUCAGUGCCGCCUCCAUUCGGGGAGGGUGAGGGCAACGGCGGCCUGGCCCUGGUUGGCUGCCCCAGCCCCUGCAAGCGCACCCUGGACGACGAGCUGAAGAGGAACCUGGAGACGCUGCCCUCGUUCUCCUCGGAUGAGGAGGAUUCGGUGGGCAAGAACCAGGACCUGCAGAAGAGCAUCUCCUCAGCCAUCUCGGCUCUCUACGAUACACCGCAGCUGGCCUUCCAGCCGCCCCCACCUCCUCCCCCACCCCAGUCCCAACCCCAACCUAGGCAGGCCCAGCUCACAUCGACCCCGCUGCAGCCCCCCACCCUCAGCCCCCAGACCCCCUCACACACCCCUCACACCCAGCUCCAGGCGGCCGAGCCGCUUCCCUCCCGGAGUCCCAGGAAGCACCAGUCGCCCCCCCCACCUCCCUCCGCCUCCCCCGCUCAAUCCUUCUCUCCCUCUCCCCCGCCUUCCCCCUUACCUCCCCUCUCUCUCCCUUCAUCACCCUUGCCGCCACAAGAAGCAGCACAACAGCAGAAGUCCCAACCUCUGAGCCCCCUCCCUCCUUUCAAUCCCUCCCCUCUUCAUCCUGCUCCCGCAACCCUCCCUCUCUAUCCCUCCCCUCUUCAUCCUGCUUCUGCCACCCUCCCUCUCUCCUCCCCGCUUCCUCAGUCAUCCCCGGCCACAGAGUUCCCUAAGUACUCACCGGAGCCGCGCGCGUCUCCGGAAGAAGCCCCUGGCUCUCAGGUCACCUCGCUGCACGUGGCUCAGAAGCAGGAGGAUGCCGCCAUCGCCGGAGAGAGCGAGGAGGACGAGAGCGAGAGCGGAGGUGAAGGCAUUUUCCGAGAGAGGGACGAGUUUGUGGUGCGUGUGGAAGACAUUGCAACUAUGAAGCUGGCCCUGAAGACCGGUCGAGAGCCUCCCCCCAUCUGGAGGGUGCAGAAAGCCCUGCUGCAGAAGUUCAGCCCUGAGAUCAAGGACGGAGAGAGGCAGUUCUGUGCCACCAGCAACUAUCUGGGCUAUUUUGGAGAUGCCAAGAGGCGGUACCAGCGCCUGUACGUCAAGUUCCUGGAGAACGUUAACAAGAAGGACUAUGUGAGAGUGUGCUCUCGACGACCCUGGCACAGACCAUCUGGACUGAGGCGACAGGCCCUCCCCAAAAUAGCGUCCCCGCCUCCCACCACCCUGACCCCGCCUCGAGCCGAGAGGGAGCAGCGAGUGGCACCGCCACGUGAGCCAGUGCAGCAUGAACCGAGGGAGAGAACAAGGGCAAAGAACGAACAGCGAGAAAAGGCGACUGCGGGGUUGAAAGAGAAGCAGAGGGAGAAAGAGAAGAGGGUACAGCCAUCUCAGGAGAAGCCUGAGAAACGGGCCGCCUCGGUGGCAACGAUGGAACGAGGGAAGGGGAAAGAGGAGAAGAAAGGAGGAGUGGAGAAAGAGAAGAUGGAGUGCCCUCCCAAGUCGAAGCCAGCCAAGGUCAAGGCAGAGCCUCCUCUGAAAAAGAGGAAGAAGUGGCUGAAGGUCCCCUCGUCAUCUGAUUCAGACUCGUCCGAGGAGGCAGCCAGUGAGGAUGAGAUGCCAGUGCGAGGCGGGGUGAACAACCGGGCCAUGCGCGAGAUGUUCAGGAGCUAUGUGGAGAUGCUGGUCAGCACGGCACUGGACCCCGACAUGAUCCAAGCCCUGGAGGAUACAGACGAUGAGCUGUACCUCCCCGGGAUGAGGAAGAUUGACAGCAUCAUUGUGGAACAGAAGAGGAGGCUGAUGAGGAGAGUUAACAUGGGUACUCAGCACCAGGAGGCCCUGCACACGUACCCUCAGAUGGCGGGAGACCCCCUGGACUCAGGAGCUGUGAGGGUGCGGUUCAGUGGGGAGGGCUACAACCGCAAGACUCUCAACAGAGUCAAGAAGAGCCUACCCAAACCACAGGACCUUAAACUGUCAACAGAGUCAUGUCGGAUCUACAGCCUCUAUCACUCCCUGCAUCAUUAUAAAUAUCAUACUUUCUUACAUUGUAAGAAAGAGACCAACACUAUAGAACAGGCAGCUGAGGACCCUGGGCAGGAGGAGGUGGUGCAGCAGUGUAUGGCCAACCAUGGCUGGCUGGACACCCUCUUCAACUCCUUCAUCGAGCUGCUCACACUCAGCACCAAGGCCUGAGAGACAGACCAAGGGGAAAGAAUACAGAAAGAAAGAAGGAAAGCCAAAGAACAUAAGGCACAGAAACUAGGGCCCCAGAAACAGAGGUUGGUGAACGAGUGGAAACGAGGGAAUAGAGUUGUAUAGAGGCCCCAUCCCACCUGGAGUCGUGUGGGUCUGAGGGACAACUUGAAAGGCCACUCUAGGAACAAGAGGGUUGGUAGGUGUGACCUUGGAGAGUGACCUCUCCUUAGUUGCUCAAUUACUAAAAUAUAGAAUUACUUGACCUUGAGAAUGGACGAUGACCCCACAGGUGCUGGAGUCGUUCCUGAUGGGCCAAGAGAGGAGACUCACCAAUCAGGAGACAAAGACCGACGUUAGGGUCACAGAGAAAAGACAAGGCAGAUGGAUGAGGUAUUGCACCAAGUCACAGAGGAUUGUCAUACUGACAUUGUAAAACUGUGUCAGUCCCAAACAGUUCAGAGAGAAUCUAUUACUCUUUCGUUUUUACAUAAAUUAUCUUUUAAAGACUCUAACGGCUUUUAAUGAGUGGACGUGGGCGAGAAUGCUUUUUAAAACAUUGUUAGAGGAGUGCAGUGAGCAGUGUGACUAUAUGGGAACGGAUGCAACAUAAAGGUGUUAAUUCUCGCUCGCUCUAUGCGACAGUAGUCGGCAGUACCGGUGCGCUAUGUGGUAGUAUAUAAACACAUUUGUAUUAUUUAUGAGGUUUUUAAUAUAAACUCUCACAAGCGCUGGGAUGCCGCCUUAGCAUUUUAAGUAACAUUUUUCACAGGUUAUACAUAAAAUCGUACACCCACAUAUCCAAGCUGUCUUCCUUUUUUUUCUAUACAAAUGAUUUGAGGACGAGACGAAAACGUGUUAUCAACUAUGUCUGUAAAAGGGGAAAAUGGGAGAGUAUAUUUGAAAUGUAGACAUUGUAGUGCUUUAGUUCAUUCAGCAGAAACAUGCAGGUUAAAAAUGAAAGAAACUAAUAACCGUAUCCAGUUCCCUUACACACGAGUGGUUAUAAAUAAGUAAUAUUUAAAAAGGAAAUAGUCAUUUCAUUUUUAUCAGUUUGAUGUUUCCAAAAAAAAGUCUAUCAAAUUUUCCUUCGAAAGAAAGUCUGUGUAAAUAUUGUACAGUUCUUGACACAUUGUUUUCUUCUGUACAUUAACCCUGUAUUUGAAAAACAAAUAAAACCGGCAAAGAACAA